AUGAACAUUAUUGAAGCCCAAGAUACUUUUGACUAUGCUGAGUGUGCUACUGGGGUGCACAGGAGGCAUCAGAACCAGUUGCGCCGCGCUGGCCGCCGGGAUUCUGCCGCUCGUUCCUUGUCCACAGAUUUGGUCCGCGGCGGGUUCCAGCCGCGCCUUCCGACUUCGCUGCCGCCCCCAGGGCAGCAGCAGCAGCCGUCGCCGCUACCACGCCGACAGCCCGUCCCGUUGAUGCCUCCCGCGCAGCUUCAUGCGGGAGCGCCCCGGGUGGUCGCUCCGGCGCCUGCGGUCCCUCUUCAGUCGCCACCGCCUUCGGAGCUGAUGGACGUCGACCCCUCAGCCGGGCCGCCUUCCCAAGCGGUGGCUGUGCAGCCUGUACUGCAGCCGCUUUCCUUGGGCACCCCCAAGGAGUCUGACACCGCAGCGCCUUGUCCGGCGCCCACUCAGCAGCCGUCGACACAGCGUCAGGACACGCUGCCUCUCUUCGUGGGUCCCGACGCCCCGUCGCGUCCAGUACCAGAAGCUGCGCCCGUGGUCACAGGCGUGCACCCUGACCUCGGUUUUCACGGCCGGAGCGGGCGUGCGCCAGCGCAGGGAAAGGAGCCUCGUCCGGCGUUACGUCAGAGCGCGGUGGCGGCCGGUCCGGCCGAGAGGCAGGCAGAAGGCCGCCGGGCGGAGGCAGUGCCGCGCAGACAGCACACCGGCGCAGCUGGGGAUCCCUCCGGAGCCGCCGCUUCCUCUCCUCCUGCAGAGCCGCAGCUGCUGCCGGCGGCCGUUCCAGGGCGACUCAGGGCGCGCGUCAGCCACCCACCAGCGUGGGUGUACAGGGGCCGAGGUAACCUCUGGCUGGCAAGCCUUCUCGUUUACCAGCAGUGGACACAAGUAGGCGCCUACUGUCCACAGUCCGGUUCCACAGCUCCGAGAAACUCGACCGGCACCAGAAGAUCUUGUGCCUCUACCUCAUCUGAUGUCCAAGGCCACUGCUGCCGGAUACUCAACUAG